AUGCGAAGGCAUGAUCCCAAAGGUGCCCAACGCCUCUCCGACUGGAUGAAAUGGCGAACCUUGAUACCAACACCGUUCUUCCAUGCGCUCAUCCAUGCUUUCGCGUUGAAACGCGAUUCGACCCGAGGACGCAAGUACAUUUUCGUCGAGCUAGUGGAAUACAUGCCCAAUGUCAAGGACCCGCGGUACAAGUUCCGCGUCAUAGAAUGCAGUGUGUUCCGCCUUGAGGACGUCGUCGCAGAUGAAGGGGUGCACUCGGUCCUUAUCUAUGCCUGA